GAGGUUCUAAACGCGCUUUUUCGUAUACUGCGUUACAAUGCAUUCGGUGUUCGCCUCACAAGUCGUAUUCUGAAAAAGUUACUAAGUGCAUUAAUCAGUCCCUUAUUUCGUCGUUGGAAUGGAGAAAGAAAGAAUAAAAAGUGUAAUCGAAUUCUUCUCUACUCCAUUGGAUGAAGAAGAGCUAAUCGAUGGAGAAAGUAAACCCGAUGAACUGUACACCCUCUGUGAUGAUCCCAUGCAAGUACCCAUCAAACUCAUCGACGAACAACUAAGGUUCGUUAAUCUUGCAACAGUUCAAGACCUUUUUGUUGACAAUUCAGGAUUUCUUGUUGUUGGCGCCAUUGGUUUACAGGGUUCAGGUAAAUCGUCUGUGUUAAAUAUUUUGGCGAAUUGCAUUUCUGACGGUUGUGGAGUUUUUGAUGGUCCUUUUAAUAUUCAAACUCUCAAGGAUGUAGUAACUAACAGCCCGUGUACUGCUGGUAUUAACUUAUAUAUUACACAAGAUCGUGUAAUUCUUCUGGAUGCCCAACCUCUUCUUUCAUUUGCACUCACCAACUAUCACACUCAUUUGGUUGCUACUGGUAAUAUAACAUCUUCGUCCUCGAGUACUCAUCCAGGGCUUUCGUCUCUUACAGGUCCUGGUAAUUGGAACAUGGAUAUUUGGGCUGAAAUGGCUUCUAUGCAGAUUGUCGCCUUUUUAAUAAAUGUAUGCCAUGUUGUACUUGUUGUCAGUGAUAAUUUAACUACUGCUUCAACUCAGUUACACCGGCUUAUCGAUAGAGCAAUAGGUCUUAAACCAACUGUUUUUACACCGAAUGCCAUGCCAAUCCAUGCACUACGUGGUCGUCAACAUUCUGAUAUACAUAACAAGUCAUCAGAUAAUAAUAAGAAUUGUACAGAUAUAAAAAAAUUGACAACUAGUGUACAAGGUUUACAAAUUUCUAAUGUAAAUAAAACUAAUCCAUCUAUUAUCAACAAAGAUAAUAAAAGUUUAGAAGUUGAAGAUGUUGACAUUUUAUCUUUGUCUGAACAACAACAAUUUAUUGGGAAUUAUUCUACAUCAAAUAACAUUCUUGGACAAUAUCUUCAUUCUACUGAAGCUGAGUCUAAAGACGUUACAAAUGCAAUCAAUCGACUAAUAAAUUUAACUGAUUAUUCAGCCUCAUUAAUUCAUGUAUAUAAUCAGGCCCCAGCAGCUGCAUUUCUUGACCCGGUUGUGUGUGAAAAAUUAGAUAGGUAUAGGAAUAAAAUACUACCACUUAUGUACCCAGAGUACAGAAGGUUAGUAUCACUUGUUACUGUUGGUCCAAGAAUUUUAUCCGCUCACCUUCAGUCACGAAAUCGUGAUCAACCUACAACUGCACGUCAAAACUCUGCACAAAAUGAUACUCCUACUGAAAUAAAUCGAAACACUACUGACGUAAAGCUAGCUAAAAACAGUUCAGAAAAUCGUUUAGUCCCUGACAAUUUUACCGCGCAAAAUUACCCAGGUUUUCUUGAUACUCAGGAAAAUUCUGUCUUACCUACUCCAUCAGGACUUUCCGAACCGUCCUCAGUUUCAUCAGACAAAGGACUUGCAUCAUCUCAAAAGCCUUCGAAUAUCAGCGCAGAAACGUUGACUUCAGUAGAAGUUGAUAAUGAGUCAAAACCUAAUCCAACCCACUGUUUAACUUCAUUAAAUACAAUUCAAGAAAAAUCAAAACCUUUUUCUGGUGAAAAACCUGAUGGGUACAUUCCCUUGGAUAACAGUAACAAUAAUAGUAAUAAUUGUGUUAAAAAAUUUGGCUUAUCGGAAUCAGAGAUAGUAUCGCAGUGUUGCAAUGUUUUGCAUAAUGUAGAAGAUGAACUCAAUUCUGUUUUAAAACACACUAACUUAUCCGCUGGUGUAGACCAUCACAAGAAGAUUGUAGAGAAACGAUCAGGAAUAUUACCCGUCGAAGGUCAGCUCCCUGAUAAUGAUUUACUACAUAUACCUGGUAUUAAUGGUGAGAAGUUGAAUGCCAGUCUUGUUCAAAUGUAUCAUGAUGUACAGACUACUAGAUGUAACUUUUUCGAUGUUCAAAAGCGAUUAGAUCAACCAAGGUUAUUCUUGAUACCAGAAGUUGACGAUGAAGGACACUCACCAUUAGGGUGUCCAACAUACUUAACAUCAGCCCGUAUCUUACAAGAAGCUGUUUUCUCCACUCCUCGACAGCAUAUGAUGCCUAAUUUUACAGAGAAGAAAUGGUAUGUUUUGAUUUCCUUUACCCCAUAAAACACGUAUUUUUUAUUUAGGAUAACAUAUGUUCAUAAAAUGUGGGAUGCUGUAAUACAUUCCCCUUUGUUCCUCGAUUAUCAUUCCGUUCGGAUGAAUCAGAUUUAAAUGUUGCUACUUUUGAAAGACUGUUUAAUACUAUAUUUUAUUACAGUAAUUUAUCUUUACAUUAAAUAUAAUUACACUUUUU